AUGUUGGGCGAAUGGACGGUCAGAUCUGUGUAUCCAGCGCCACCCGCGUCGUGGCAACUUCUCCUUGGAAUGGCGGAAACACACGCGCUUCCUGAUGUCUCUCCGCCCCUCGCGGAGCUCUGGGAGUACGAUGACGUGGCAGUCGAGGUGCUUCGCUGCCUCCCGCCUCGCUGUCUUUGCCGAGCCGCGGCGGUAUCGCGGCGGUGGCGCCGAUUAGCAGCUUCCGACACGCUCUGGUACGAAAAGGUGGCGCAGGUGUUAUCGCUCCCCGCAACCGCCGCGAAGUCCGCACUCCCGCUUUAUUCACAUUCCGCAAAGGCGAGAUCAGCGGCGCAAUGGGCCUCCCCCGGUACACCGCAACCGCCGCCGCACGCUGCGGAAGAGCGCGGGGCGAGCGAGAGUGAAGCGCAGCGGGCUUACGCAGAUGCCGGUGUUUGCUUUGCUAGCAGCGCUGUGCCGCUGCUGCCGUUCUCCCCGGUGUUAUUGGCUCCGACAGUUGCACCCUCGCCCGGAUCUGCCUCCCCCGGUCGGCCCUCCCCCGCGCUGCACCAUCUGGUUUCUGGCUCUCCGCAGAUCAGCUGCAAUCGCGAGGUCUACCGCGGGCUGGUGGAGCUGGACCGCGAGUGGAAGGUUCCUCCGCAGCUUCCUCUGCAGGCGGUGGGGAGCUCGAGCGAGGAGGAGGGGUGGGGCGCGGAAUGGACUCUCCGAGACGACUUCUUCUGGUUCAGCCAGGUGCAGUGUGGUGCGGUUUUGCCAGGUGUGGUGGGGUGCGGUUCUCCCAGGUGCUGUGGGGUGCGUGUUCUGCCAGGUGCUGUGGGGUGCGUGUUCUGCCAGGUGCUGUGGGGUGCGGUUUAG